CAUCUUCAGUAAGUAUUCUACCAUUCAAUUUAUUUAAUUUUAGUGAAAAUGUCAAGUUUAACUUGCUUCUUCUGCCGCGAAGCAGUGGUGGGUUACGUAGAGGAGCUUCAGCGGCACAUAAACAAUCACAUCCGGAAUAAUCACUUUGUUCCGGAAGGCGUUUUCUACGAUUGUCUAGUCCCAAGAUGCAAAGCUAGAUAUGAUCAUUUCAAAUCUCUGAAAAGACAUAUCAUGCAACAGCACCCAUGUCCAUUUUCCAACAAUUUCCGAGCUGAAAAUGAUGCCGAAAGUUGUCAAGCUGCUCUUCCGGAAUCUGACGAAAAAAAACAUAUACUUGAUGAUAAUCCGUGCGCCGAGUCACAAUCUUCAGCACAAGCUGAUAAUCCUGAUGAACCGGUUAUAAAUGAUUCCGUUUCUUUGGAUCAAAUUACACGAAGUAUCGCCCUCGGGAUUUGUCGGCUGAGUUCGGAUGUUUCGUUGCCACAGUCAAAAAUUGCAGAAAUGACCAGGCUUUGCGAAAUGUUGGCCCAAAUGCUCGGAGAGUAUUUUCAGCACAACGUUAAGACAUUUUUGGAAGACCACGACAUUGACCCGGAAACUCCAGAAACGAUCUCUUUCCUGAACAAGUUUCACUUGCCUAGCCUAUUCACUAACGUCUCAACCUUAUCAAAACAAACCAACUUUUUGAAAACUUUGGCGGUCAGCAUUCCAAAUCCAUCUGAAAAAAUGCUCCAAACACGCGAGGAUGUUCGGCAUGUCGAUGGCAUCCCCAAAAAAGUUAUAGUUAACGAGACUUUUUCGUACAUACCGAUUAUAGAAACAUUGAAGCUUAUCUUCAGAAACCCUGACGCGAGACAUCUUUUGAAUGACAGCGAAUGCGAAGAACCAGUUACCAAAGAAUAUGCAAGCUUUCGGUCUGGUGAAACCUAUCAGAACAGCGAAUAUUUCAAACAAUACCCAGAUGCAGUGCGACUAAGUAUUUACCAAGAUGACGUGGAGUUAGGAAAUGCCUUAAGUUCUCGAGCCGGAAUAAAUAAAGUGUCUGUUUUCGAUUUUAAAGUUCAAAACUUUCCACCGAAGUGGAAUAGCUCCCCAAAAACAGUUUUCCCUCUUAUGUAUUGCACUACUAUUGAUGCUAAGAAGCACGGUUAUAACAAGCUACUAAAACCUCUCAUUCAUGAUCUGAAAAAGCUUGAGAAAGGUGUGACCGUUUUCUACGGAAAUGAAAGCUAUACGAUCCGGGCAGUUGUUACAAUGUUUUGUGGCGACACGCUGGCUGUUCACGAAAUUUUCGGACUACUCGGACCAAUGGCCAAUUUUUUCUGCAGGAUUUGUACAAUCCAAAGACCUGCUUUCCAUCAAAAUCCGUUUGAAAACUUUCCUUUGCGAACCAGGGAAUGGUACGACCAGAACAUGGAUCUGGUAAAAUCUGGAGCAAUCACUCCAUCCGAAUGUGGUCUAAAGCCAGGGGGAUGCAUAUUGAACGAACUUCGUAAUUUUCACACCACCGAAAAUUUUGCACUCGACACUAUGCACGACAUAGCAGAAGGCUUGGUGCCCUUAACUGUUCAGCUCGUGUUAAGCCACUAUUAUAAGAAAAAAGAACUGGGUAUCACAGCGGGAUAUAUCAAUCAACGUAUUCAUUCAUUUGCCUAUGGCUACAUCGACAAAAAUAAUCGACCGUCAGCGAAUUUUACCAACGAAAUGCUUUCAAAGCCAGCAGCACACAAGUUGAAGCAAACAGCAGCACAAAAUUUGCUACUGCUCAGAGCAUUUCCGUUUUUGUUCGGGCAUAAGGUCUCCGCCAACUGCGAAUAUAUGGACAUGAUUGGCCAUCUGAUCAACAUCACGCGAAUAUUAAUGUCCACCAUUGUGUCAGAACACAUGUUGGCAUCUCUAGAGGAGCAUAUCAGACUGUACGAAGAGUUAUUCUACAGUAAAUUCAAACGGCGGAUCAACAAGAAUCACCAUCUCGACCAUUACGUACUGUGCAUCAAAAAGAGCGGAAAUAUGAAGCAGUUUAAUUGUUUAGUUUUUGAACAAAAGAAUAAACCUGCUAAAAAUCAGUCAUCCACAUGCCGAAAUUUUAAAAACAUAUGUAAAAGCCUUGCUCAACGACAAUGCUUCAAAAUGAUCGUGGAUAUACUCGACAAUCCAUUCAGAGACAAAACUAGUUAUAACGGUGGGAAACUAGUUCUGCGUGAACAAAGUCGUAGUCAACGGUUCUUGGAUGAAACUUUGGUACAAGUGUUCAUACCGAAAUCAGUCACCAUCAAUGGAAUAGAUUUCCGUCCAAAUCUGCUAGUAUGCAUCCGAAACUAUGAGAACGAAUACUACCCUUCAUAUGGUAUUAUAAAUGAAAUAGUUGUAAUAAACAGCAAAAUACAUUUUCUGCUGAAGCUGUGCAAAACGAAGACAUACAACACUUUCUUGGAGGCAUACGAGGUUUCAGUAGAUUCGGAUGAACAACUAUUUCGCUUGGAACAAAUACAUACCCAUACGACGUUCGCUUUCUGGACUUCUCAUGGGAAUAGUCUCAAGUUUGUUUCCCGACGAAAUUAUUGCCGUGAUUAUUAAAUGUAUGUUACAUUAUAUUCCGUCGUUGAUUUUCAAAAUAUAAUAAUACAAUUUAUUUUAACAGUCAAAGAAGAGAUAACAGAUGUCGAAACGUUUUCGUUGCUCGACCAUGCGGAUUUUAAGAGACUCGAGCUAACGACAAAAAUGGUGAAAACCAUUCAGAAGUACCAAAAACUCUUGGAAAAAGAUGCGGUAGUUGAAGAACCAGAAGAGCAAGAUGACGAACAAACGACCGAAGAAGACAACAAUACGGAUGACUCGAUAUCGAUCAACAAAAACAAGCAAAACUCUUUUUUUCUUGAGAAGGAAAUCGACGUUGGGCUAAUUCUCACCCAGACACCGAAAGGACGAGAAAUUCACGAAACUUUGGCUACCGGUACCAAACCAAACGACAAAAUGAUCACAAGUAUUACACAUAUUAUUUGUGAUUAUUUGAAAUCUGCUUACGGAGUGAGACCAUCCACAUUCUACAAAGAGAUGCUUGCUCGCUCCUUGAUUAAAACAUACCCGAUUCUGUCGUCGGCUGCAUCUGACAUUCCGCACGUAAGUUUUUGUUAUGUCACUUACUUAUAGUUUCAAGAAAAACCACCGAUAAACCUUUUAAUUAUUAACACAAUUCAUACUAAAAACAAAAACAGUUUCACUUCGCCCACAUCUGUUGCGAAUCAUACACAAUAAUAUCUAUAUCGUCUAUAGAUUGGCGAAACGCAUCAUUUGCAAAUGUUAUGAACGUAUAAACGAACUAAUGGUGAAACGUACCACUUCACGGAAAAUUUCCGUAUUUAAUGUUGAUUCUCCACAGGUACACAUAAGUUUUCACUGGACACGCUUUUAUUUUCCUCAUUGUAAGCAAUUUAUAAAUUAUUAUAAAGUUAAAACCAAGUAAACGUUUUGUUUUGAUUCGCCAGUCUAUGAAUCGAAUUCAUUACACAAAUUGUCUCCUGAUGCAGCUACAGUCACAACACCACCCACCACCACCCGGAGCACCCUUUCGUGCCAUUUCAGAUCCUCGAUUUGUUUAUACGGCAUUGUAUUGAGAACUGAUUAUUUUUCUUAUAAUCCAAUAAAAACAUUAAUAAUUAUUAUUUACAGGUUAAAAAAAAGAAUUCUGUAGGACGGAAUUAAAAAUUGGACUGAAUUUGGUCAUGUAUAUUAAUAUUUUGGGAUUCUACAAUGUUUCGGAAUGGCAGGAAAGGGUGCAUAGGUGGCCUGGAGCAUCAAAGUAAACAACGUAAACAACACUUGAAUCAAAGAGAGUGCACUAUGAGUAGAGUGCACU